UAUUAUUAUUAUUAUUAUUAUUAUUAUUAUUAUUAUUAUUAUUACUGUUGAUAUUGUAGUUACAAUUCACAUUUCGCAUACUACUAACAAUGUUUCUAGUAGUGGUACUGUUGUUUACAGUUGCAUAACUAUGAUAUUGUGAACAAACGGAAUUUGAUCGACGACUUGGUUGAAGUAACAAGGAUGAAUUAAGUUUCUGACUACAGCCUUCUGUAUGUCGACGACGAUUUAUAGCAGCAGACAGGUACAAAUGUUGCUCUUGACAUGGUAAAUCCAUUGGCAGGAAAGAAUUAUAGCUGGAUUGUAAAGGAGGUGGAAAGAAAUUAUUCGAUUUCAUUCCAUACGUACGCUUAUACCAACAAUUAUCCUGAUUUCGUUCAUUUUUUCUAUGUUUUACUAAACUUUUUGCAGUCAAAUGUGAAUCAGUCCUUUUUGUUAUUAUUGAUAAUUCAGGCAGUGAAUUGGAAUGUUGCAGUGUAGAUAGUCGUCUACCAACUAAUUGACAACGUUGUGGAUUGUUAUUGGUACAAUAAGCUUUUGUAAAAUAUGAUGCUGCUUUUGUUAGAUAUGGACUACAUAAUAGCUGAGAAGAUGUAUUUAAACUUGUAUAAGAUAGAAGGGAAGAUGCUCUUCUUCUUGGUUGGCGUGUACUUUUGGUGAAAUCAAUCUAGAUGGAAAAAAACUCUCUGGAUAGUCUCUAUGUUGAUAAUUGGAUAGCUCUAAACCAUUAUAGUGACUAUCAGAUGAUAGGCAUGGUGUAAACGGUUUAGACAAGUUGACAUUUUGUGGACAGUUAGAAAAUGAAUAUGGACUUAAAGAUCUAUUCGAAGGGUAUCUGGUAUUUGCUUUAAUCGAUUUUGGUGUACAAGACCUAAAGGUGAAUGAUGACUUUUCAGAUGGUUGACAGGUAUACUUAUCUGUAUAACCAUCUGAACAGAAGUGUCUAUUUCCACCACAUGAAGAUGUCAAAGAAGUAGAAUUGGAACACUGAAAAUCACCAUUACAGCUGUCCAUCUGUCUAUUCAUAACACAACAAUAGGAAUUUCCGUUAUGAUUUAAAUACUGUGAAGAUGAUGUUGGCGAUAAUAACAAUGGUGGAGGUGUUCUACUAGCUUGUGAAAAUAUCGACUGACCAUCGAAAUGAUUUCUUCUAUCUACAUGGCAUUCAUCUUUUAGACUUCCAUGACUCAAAGAAUUCUCACAUUUUGAAGUAAGAUAAUGACUUGUAGACCAAUAAUUAGGUGCUAGGAGAUUUCGAUAACAUGAAAUUGGACUUGAUGCACCCGAUGACCAUUCAGUGUUAUUCGGUUGAAUGAAUAAACCAGAGAUUAAGUUAGAAUUUAAGUUUGUUGUACUAUUGUAAUUUGAUUCAGGUGGCGUGUUUGCAGGAAUUUCAAUCACAAUUUGUGGUGUCAUUGGCAUCAAUGGCAUAUUUUCCACAAUAAGUGAAGAUGCAUGCAUUAUUAUUGGAAUAGAUUAUUCAAGCAUGAUUUUAAUACAGUUAAUAAUAGAUUUUUA